GUCUGGGCAGCCGUGAUGCUGCGGGCGCGCGAGGCGGCGCAGUUCCUGCGGCCCCGGCAGCGACGCGCCUACCAGGUCUUCGAGGAGGCCAAGCAGGGCCACCUGGAGAGGGAGUGCAUCGAGGAGCUGUGCAGCCAGGAGGAGGCCCGGGAGGUGUUCGAGAACGACCCCGAGACGGAAUAUUUUUAUCCAAGAUACUUAGACUGCAUUACUAAACAUGGAUCUCCGUACAUCAAGAGCCCCGCUUUCGUCGCCUGCGUUCAGAACCUGCCUGACCAGUGCACCCCAAACCCCUGCACCAAGGAGGGGACCCAAGUCUGCCAAGACCUCAUGGGCAACUUCUAUUGCCAGUGCAGAGCUGGCUGGGGUGGGAGGCUCUGUGACCAAGAUGUCAAUGAGUGCAGCCAGAAGAACGGGGGCUGCAACCAAAUCUGCCUCAACAAGCCUGGCAGCUUCCACUGCGCCUGCUACAGCGGCUACGCGCUCUCCGCAGACGGCAGGACCUGCCAAGACGUGGACGAGUGUGCGGAGGGCAGGGCGUGUGGGGAGGCGCGCUGCAGGAACCUGCCGGGCUCCUACUCCUGCCUCUGUGACGAGGGUUACGCGUUCAGCUCCCAGGAGAAGGCCUGUCAAGCAGAUGUGGACGAGUGUGCCGAGGGGCGCUGUGAGCAGGCCUGCGUCAACUCCCCAGGGGGCUACACCUGCCACUGCGACGGACGUGGGGGCCUCAAGCUGUCCCCGGACAUGAACACCUGCGAGGACAUUUUGCCCUGCGUGCCUUUCAAUGUGGCCAAAAGCGUGAAGUCCUUGUACCUGGGCCGCAUGUUCAGCGGGACGCCCGUGAUCAGACUGCGCUUCAAAAGGCUGCAGCCCACCAGGCUGCUUGCCGAAUUCGACUUCAGGACCUUUGACCCCGAGGGGGUCCUCUUCUUUGCUGGAGGCCAUCAGGACAGUGCUUGGAUCGUGCUGGGCCUGCGGGCCGGCCGGCUGGAACUGCAGCUCCACUACCGUGGCGUCGGCCGCAUCACCAGCAGCGGGCCAGUCAUCAACCACGGCAUGUGGCAGACGAUCUCUGUGGAGGAGCUGGACCGGAAUCUGGUCAUCAAGGUGAACAAGGAUGCUGUUAUGAAGAUCGCAGUGGCCGGGGACCUGUCUCAGCUGGACAGAGGGCUGUACCAUCUGAACCUGACUGUGGGGGGCAUCCCCUUCAAGGAGAAAGACCUGGUCCAGCCUAUGAACCCCCGUCUGGAUGGCUGUAUGAGGAGCUGGAACUGGCUGAGUGGCGAGGACACCACCAUCCAGGAGACAGUGAAAGCGAACUCCAAGAUGCAGUGCUUCUCCGUGACGGAGAGAGGGUCCUUCUACCCGGGGACCGGCUUCGCCUUCUACAGCCUCGACUACACUCAGACCUCCGCGGACGCCGGCACCGACGCAGCCUGGGGGAUAGAGGUCGUGGCUCGGAUCCGCCCCGCCACCGACACUGGGGUGCUGCUCGCACUGGUGGGCGGGGACCGCGUGGUCGCCCUCUCCGUGGCCCUGGUCGACUACCACUCCACCAAGAAGCUCAAGAAGCAGCUGGUGGUCCUGGCUGUGGAGGGGGUCACCCUGGCUCUGAUGGAGAUCAAGGUCUGUGACGGCCAGGAGCACCGCGUGGCCGUCUCCGUGCGGAAGGGCGAGGCCACCCUGGAGGUGGACGGCACCAGGGGCCAGAGCGAAGUGAGUGCCGUGGGGCUGCAGGAGAGCUUGGCCGUGCUUGAGAGGCACCUGCAGGGCUCUGUGCUCACCUUCCUUGGCGGACUUCCAGACGUGCCUGUGACCUCAGCGCCAGUCACGGCCUUCUACCGCGGCUGCAUGACCCUGGAGGUCAACCAGCAGGCGCUGGACCUGGACGAGGCCGCCUACAAGCACAGUGACAUCACAUCGCACUCCUGCCCCCCCGUCGAGCAGGCCGGCCCCUAGAGCGGCAGAAGAGAGACGGCGCGGGGGCUCCGCCCUCCCACCUGCGCGAGCAUCUCUGGACCCCGCACCCCUGGGGGACGCGUCCUCUGAGACGACUCUGCCUUGUAACAUACGUGUAAAUAGUUGAGGGGACUGGUGUCAGUGACCCGAAGCCCCGGCCCCAAAAGCCUCCGAGCAGAGCGGGAGGCGGGCACCUACCCGAGCAGACCCAGGAAAAUAAUUAUGUUAUUUUUAUUACCAAAUGCUUCUUUCUGGCCUAAAGAUAUGGACAAAUAAACUACCUACAGAACUGUUUCUAA